CCGAGCAGAACGUCGUCGCUCCCGCUGCACCGCUCGCUACUGCAAUUUUCUGCACAGUCGAUCUCUAAACUGUCACCUGCAGACACCGCCGCCGCCACCACCAUGUCGUUCGAUCAGCUCUCGUCGCUCGAGGCGGGGCGUCGCCGAGGCACGCCGAGCUACACCGAUGAUCCCGAUUUCCAGCGGCUGUCGCAGGACUUGACAAACAAGUUGUUCAAACUCAACGGCAACAACCAGCGCUUGAGCGGGGAGGUUGGGCAUCUGGGGACACGGCGCGACACGCCGCGGGUGCGGGAGCGGGUGCACGAGCUGAUUGAGGAGUCGCGCGACUUGUUCAAAGAGGUUGGCGAGGGGAUCAAAAAGAUCCAAACGUGGGAGGACGUAACACCAACUCAAAAAUACAUGCAACAAAAACUCUCUCGCGAGUUCCAGUCCUCCCUCUCCGAGUUCCAAAACCUCCAACGCCAGGCCCUCGAGAAACAAAAAGCCUCCGUCUCCGCCGCCCGCGCAGCGGUAGACCACGAAGCCGAGGCCAGCGCAGCCACCACCGCCGGCGCCGGCGGCCCGCUCGGCAGCCCGCAGCUUCUCCAGCAGCAGGAGCUGACGCAACUAGCGCCUCAAGACGACGUCGACUUUCAGGAGGCGGUCAUCAUCGAGCGCGAGGAAGAGAUCCGGCGCAUUGAGCAGGGCGUGGGCGACCUCAACGUGCUGUUCCAGCAGGUAGCGCAGAUUGUCACGGAGCAAGGGGACGUGCUCGACACCAUUGAACGCAACGUCGAGACGGUGCGCGACGACACGCGCGGGGCCGACCGCGAGCUACGCAGCGCUGCGCGAUACCAGAAGAAUGCGCGGAGCAAGAUGUGUUGCUUGUUGGUUAUCUUGAUGGUGAUUUUGACGAUCAUCCUGCUGGCGAUCUUUUUGGGGUGAGGCGGGUUCUGUUGUCUGGUUGGCACAGAAUCGUGAUUCUGGGGAGGACGCAAGGUGUAAUGGUAUGUUGUUGUACAGGCUUAAUGAUAUGUUGUUGUACAGGCAGGCGUUCGGAGUUGGCCCGGCGGUCUAUGUCGUUUUCUACGUACAGCCUGAAUCAAAUAUUGUCCCCUCAUGGCGUCUUCUUCCCCUCUUCUCGCGUCGGCAUGACAAACAUCGGCUCCUGGCUCUUGGCUGGAGAGACGAUUUUGGGCAUGGGCAUCAGCCGCGAGAUGAUGCUGGUCAAGGCCGUG